CCAGACAGACAGGAAGACGGACAGACCUCCUCUGAGCUUUGGGCUUCACAUAGAGUGAGAGGCCCUGAAAUAGCCUCCCUAGAGAAUCCUCUCCAGCUGGACCUAGAGGGGUUAGCUGUGGCCAUGGAAAGGAUGGGUGUUCUUGGGGCUGCCCCUCGCUUCCUUCGCUUCCCGAGGCCCGUCCGAGUGGUGAGCGGCACCGAUGCCAUCCUGCGCUGCUGCCUCACAGGCUCCCCUCCACCCACCGUCCUGUGGGAAAAGGAUGGGCAACAGCUGGAGGCGUCCAGCCGUCUGUGUCUUCAGGCAGAGGGGGCUGAACAUAGCCUUCUGGUAAGGGAAGCUGGGGCCCCUGAUGCUGGAGUUUAUGUGUGCCGGGCCCAAAACUCAUCUGGGGAGGCCUAUGCUGCUGCAGCCCUCACUGUACAAGAGUCUCCGGAUACAGCCCCCAUCCCCCCAGAGAGGUCCUCUGACUCAGCCCAGGAGUCUCCUGACCUGAUCCGUUUACAAGGUCCCCUUCCUAUGGCCAGGACACCAAGUCCUCUGGACACAGCUUCCACAUUCCUAUCCUCAGACCCAGCCCAGACCUACAUCCUUUCACAGGGCUCCCCAAGCUUACUUCCUGAGCCCCCAGAAGGUCCUCCCACAUUCUUGGAAGGUCCACAAUCUCAGUGGGUGCAGCAGGGUGAGGAAGUAGUAUUGACAUGCCAGGUAGGGGGGCAGCCAGAACCAGCAGUGCACUGGGAGAAGGACGGGCGGCUCCUGGAGGAUAUCUGGGAGAGCAGUCACUUCUGUCUGACAAAAGGCCUGGCUGGGCACGGGGACCACAAGCUGCAGAUCAGGGGUGUCCGACUACCAGACGCAGGUGUUUACGUGUGCCAUGCAAGCAACACCCACGGUCACACGGUGGCCGCUGCCCUGCUCCAGAUCCGGCCCUCUCCAGAGACCCCUCUGAGCUCCCCCCACCAAGGCCAGAGGGAUUCUGCAGGGCAGGGCUCACCUGCCCCUAAGAGCUUCUGGGUGAGUGAGGGAAAACACGCCAAAUUCAGAUGCUACGUGACCGGGAAGCCGGAGCCAGAGACUGAGUGGCACUGGGAAGGCCAUCCUCUGAGCCCUGGGCGCCGCCGCCUGCUCUACCGGGACCAUGAUGGAGGCUUUGUGCUGAAGGUGUUAUACUGCCAGCCCACCGACUGUGGGCUUUACAUCUGUGCUGCCCGCAACACCGCAGGUCACACGCUCAGCGCGGUCCAGCUACAUGUCAGAGAGCCUCGAGUACGGUUUGCAGUGCCCCUCGAGGAUGUGGAGGGUGAAGAGCAUGGGGAUGCAGUGCUGGAAUGUCAAGUGCCCUCCCAAGGCAUUAUCACUACCUGGUACAGAGAAGACCAGCGGCUGCUGCCCAGCCCCAAGUACGAGAUGGGGGAGGCCGGGGUAGUCCGGCGCCUUAUCAUUCAUGACUUAGAGGCCGACGAUGAUGGCAUUUACCUGUGUGAGAUGCGGGGCCGAGUUCGGACAGUAGCCACUGUGGCUGUCAGAGGACCUAUCACAAGGCGGCUUCCAAGGAAGCUAGAUGUGCUGGAAGGAGAGAAUGCAGUGCUAUCAGUGGAGGCUCGAGAAACGAAGGCUCUUGGGCACUGGACUCGGGAUGGUCAGGAGUUGCCAGCCUCACCCCGAAUCAUCCAAACCAGUUCCAACCACACACACACCCUGGUAUUGGUGGGGGUCACACGCCAGGACGCUGGUGUGGUCACCUUCAGCCUGGGCUCCUCCCACACCUCCUCCAGGCUGAGGGUCAAAUGUGUGAAGCAAGUCCCCCCAGGGCCCCCAGUGGCUGUUGAGCUGGGCACAGGAAGCAGCAAUGCAGCCCUGCUCAGCUGGAAACCCCCGGUGCCUCCCCCUGACUCGGCCUAUACCUACCGGCUAGAGCGGCAGGAGGUAGGCACGGAUGCCUGGGUGCAAUGCCUCAGUACAGAAGCAGCUGGUGCCGUGGAGGUGCCCGGAGACAGCGUGCCUAAUGAGGGUGACUACCGCUUCCGGCUCUCUGUGGUCAGCGAGCAUGGCCAGAGCCCUUACGUGCUCUUUCCAGGCUCAGUGCACCUGGUGCCCACGGCUCGGGUGCAGAGAGGCCUACAGGAUGCAUGCGUACAAGAAGGGGAUGAUGCUACCUUUUCCCUCGAACUCUCUAUCUCGGUGCGAGGCACCUGGUUCCUGAACCAGACAGAACUCAAGGCAGGGGGACCAAAAUGCAGAUCCACGGAUGAAGCCCAAGGAUACCUGGUGCAGCAAGACGGCCCCCAGCACAGCCUGAUCCUCCAGGCCACGAGGCUCCAAGACAGCGGGGCCCUCAUCACUUUCCUGUGCCCUGGUGUACAUGUCUCUGCCACGCUUCACGUGCAAGAGCCCCCCGUGAGGAUUGUGCUGCCUCAAGAAAAAGUAUCCAUAGAGGCUGUGAGCCUAGAAUGUGUGGUGCUCAUGUGUGAGUUAUCUAGAGCCGGAGCACCUGUGCAUUGGUACAAAGAUGGACUGGAGGUAGAAGAGAGUUCAGGCCUAGUGCUGGAGAAUGAGGGCCUCCAGUGCCGCCUGGUGAUCCCUGCUGCCCAGCCCCAUCACGGAGGCGAGUUUGUAUGCAAAGCAGGAGAGGACUUGGCUUUCUUUAUGGUCACCAUCAAAGAACCCCCCGUGAGGAUCAUGUUCCCUCAGGACAAGGUGUCCGUGGCUGCCGAGAGCUCGGAACGGGUGGUUUUGAGAUGCGAGCUGUCCAGGGCUGGUGUCCCUGUGCGCUGGUACAAGAAUGGAAUGGUGGUAAAGGAGAGCGAAACCGUGGUACUGGAGAGUGAGGGCCCCCACUGCCGUCUGAUACUGCCUGCAGCCCAGCCCCAGGAUGGGGGCCAGUUUGUGUGCAAGGCAGGAGAUGAGCGGGCUGUCUUCAAUGUCACCAUCACAGAGCCCCCUGUACGGAUCACACAGCCCCAAGAUGAGGUGUUCCUGACUGCCGUGACCUCAGAGAGAGUGGUCCUGAUGUGCCAAGUCUCCCGGCCUGGAGCCUUGGUGGGCUGGUACAAGAAUGGGAUGGAAGUGGAAGUGAGCAAAGACUUGGUUCUGGAGAGUGAGGGACUCCAACACUGUCUCGUGCUGCCUUCCGUGAGGCCCCAGGACGGGGGCGAGUUUGUAUGCAGCACCAGAGAUGAUUCUGCCUUCUUCACUGUGACUGUAACAGACCCUCCGGUGAGAAUUAUAUCCCCCCAGGACACGGUGUCCAUAGCAGCCCUCAGCACAGAGUCAGUGGUCCUGAAAUGUGAGCUUUCCCAGGCCGGAGCCCCCGUGCGCUGGUACAAAGAUGGGCUGGAGGUGGAAGAGAGUGAGGCCCUGGUCUUGGAGAGUGAGGGGCCCCACCACCGCCUGGUCCUGCCUGCAGCCCAGCCCCAGGAUGGAGGGGAGUUUGUGUGCAAGGCUGGAGAAGACUCAGCCUUCUUCAAUGUCAACAUCACAGAGCCUCCAGUGAGAAUCCUGUUCCCCCAGGAUGAAGUGUCCGUGGCUGCUGUGAGUUCAGAGCGAGUGAUCCUGAGGUGUGAGCUGUCCCGGCCCGGAGCCCCUGUUCGCUGGUACAAGGAUGGGCUGGAGGUGGAAGAGAGCGAGGCCCUGGUCCUGGAGAGUGAGGGGCCCCACCACCGCCUGGUCCUGCCUGCAGCCCAGCCCCAGGAUGGAGGGGAGUUUGUGUGCGAUGCAGGAGAUGACUCAGCCUUCUUCAUCGUCACUGUCACAGUACCCCCAGAACGGAUAGUACGCCCAUCAGCCCGCUUCCUACAGCUGCAAUUCAGGUCACCUGGUCGGGUGGAGCUUCGCUGUGAGGUGGCCCCUGUGGGGGCUCGAGUGUGUUGGUACAAGGAUGGGCUCGAGGUAGAGGCAUCAGAAGAUUUGAAACUGGGGGCUGAGGGGCCAGUCCGGACCCUCACCCUGCCCCAUGCCAGGCCCCAGGACGCUGGAGAGUAUGUCUGUGAGACCCGAGAUGAGGCAGUCUCCUUUGACGUCCGUCUAGCUGAGUCCCCAGUGCAAUUCCUCCUCCCUGAGGUGGCUCCCUCUGCACUGUCCGUGUCCCCUGGGGAGCACUUUGUCCUAAGCUGCGAGCUGUCCAGGGCCAGCGCCCCAGUGUUCUGGAGCCUCAAUGGGAGCCCUGUCCUAGAGGAUGGGAACCUCGAGCUUCGGUCUGAGGGCCCUCGGCGAAUGCUGCUCAUCCAAGCUGCCCACCCUUCUCAUGCUGGGAACUACACGUGCCGGGCUGGAUCUGACCCUGGAGCCCCCACCCUCACUUUCCCUGUCCAGGUGACUGAGCCUCCCGUGACAGUGUUGACACCUGAGGCAUCCCGGACUGGGGUUCGAUGCGCCCCAGGCAGGGACCUGGAGCUGGCAGUGUGUCUUUCGGGGCCUGGGGGGGCCGUACGCUGGUACAAAGACGGGGAGCGGCUGGCCAGCCGGGGGCGGGUGCGGCUGGAGGAGGCCGGGGCACGGCGGGUGCUUCGGGUGCGGGGGGCACGGAGCGGGGAUGCCGGCGAGUACCUCUGUGAUGCCCCCCAGGACAGUCGCAUCUUCCUCGUCAAUGUGGAAGAACCCCCCCAGGUGAAGCUCCUUUCAGAGCUGACUCCACUGACCAUCCAAGAGGGUGAUGAUGCCACCUUCCGCUGUGAGGUCUCCCCACCAGAUUCGGAGCUCACCUGGCUUCUAAAUGGCACUUCAGUUACCCCUAGUGGUCGGGUAGAAACCAGCCAGAAUGGCCCAAACCACACCCUGACCCUUCGGGGCUGCCAGAUGAGUGACUCGGGCAUGGUAACCGCCCAGACCAAGGGAUCUGAGACUACCGCCCGGCUCCACGUCAGAGAGGCUGAGCUGCUAUUUUUGCGAAGGCUACAGGAUGUGCGUACUGAAGAGGGCCAGGAUCUGUGUAUGGAGGUGGAGACCAGCCGAGUUGGGGGAAAAGGAGUAGUGAGCUGGCUCCGAGGGGGAAAGCCUCUCCCUGAAGACGACAGGUUCUCUGUGGUCCAGGAUGGCCGAGUGCAUCGCCUGAUCAUCCGCAAAGUCAUGGUGAGUGACCAGGGCAUCUACAGCUGCAAGAGCCACCAUGACCGUACACAGGCUCGGCUGCUUGUGAGGCCUGAGCAGCUGAAGGUGCGGCAUCGCCUUGAGGAUGUGGUUGUCACUGAAGGGGGCAGUGCCACCUUCCAGCUAGAGUUGUCUCAGUCUGGGGUGAUUGGAGAAUGGACCCGGGGAGGGGUCCGGCUGGAGCCUGGUCGGAACUGCCAGAUCAGUGCCCAGGGCCACAACCACUCUCUGGUGCUCAGUGGUCUGGGCCUGGCCGAUACUGGAACUGUAUCUUUCACCACCGACACCCUGCGCUGCGCAGCAAGGCUGGAAGUGAAAGAGAUACCGUUAGCCAUUGUGAAGGGGCUCCAGGACAUAGAAGUGAUGGAAGGUGAUUCAGCCACAUUUGAAUGUGAGCUGUCCAGGACCCAAGCUGACCUCACAUGGGAUAAGGACGGCCAGGAGCUGUCGUCCAGCCCUCGGCUCCGGAUCCAGGCUCUCGGCUCCCGCCGGCUUCUCCAGCUCCGGCACUGCAUCUCCGCGGAUGCGGGCACCUACCGCUGCUCUGUGGGGAACGCCCAAGCUACGACUGCCCGCCUCACCGUGCGGAAGAGGGAGGUGUCCGUGCUGCAUGAACUAAAGCCUGUGAGAGCCCAUGAGGGCGAUGGCGCCACAUUCAAGUGUACAGUGUCCGAGCCUGGUAUCCCUGGUUGCUGGCAGCUGGGAGGCCGUAUCUUGCGCCCAGGGGGCCGUGUCCGCAUCCGACAGGAAGGGAACCUGCACACCCUGGUGCUGAGUGAGCUGCAGGCUGAGGAUUCCGGGGAGAUCCAAUUCCAGGCUGGGCAAGCAAAGUCCUCCACUCAACUGGAGGUCGAGGCCCCGCCUCUCCAGAUCUGUCGUAAACCCCCUCGAGAGAAGACAGUGUUGGCAGGCCGGAGGGCAGCAUUAGAAGUGACUGUGUCCAGGGCAGGUGGCCACGUUCGAUGGCUGCUGGGUGGGGUUGAUUUGCCACCUGGACCAAAGUAUGAGUUUCGAAGCCAUGGCGUCACCCACAGUCUGAUCAUCCACAACGUCCAGCCCUCUGAUGAGGGCACCUACUGCUGCCAGGCUGGAGAGGACAGUGCCAGUACUAAUCUGCUAGUGGAGAGUAGCUAGAACCAGCCCCAGACACAGGAUGGAUGACCAAGGACAGAUGGGAAGCCAAAACAGCCUCUAAGUCUGGGGAAGGGGCAGGGGGAAAUAAACAUGGCCCAGUGUUCUGCCCAC